AUGCCACCCAAGUCUCAUAGCACCAGCCCCUCUGCAGUGGUGAUCCCACAGGAGGGCGGCUGCGCUCUGCAUACCCUGACCCUAGUGGGGGGGGGGGGGGGGGGGGGGGGUGGGGGGGGGGGUGGGUGGGGGGGGGGGGGCAGACACCUGACCCCGCCUGACCCCUCAGACCCUGACCCCACAGACCCUGACCCACAGACCCUGAUCCCACAACCCUGUCCCUACAGAACCCUGACCCCACAGACCUGA